AAAUAACGCGUUAACGUGCCCAGCCCUACUAUUAACACAGUAAUGCUUAUUGAAAUCACAUUCGCUCCUGUUAAUAAAGAGUUCAUAAUUUAGAAAUUACAUUGUAUUAGCCUUUUUAUAAUAAAGAGCCCAGUCCUGUAUUGCCUUAUCUUUGCAUGAUGUUCAACCCUAUUGCAUCUGUUUUAGUAAAAUGUUUACUAGAAACAAACAUAUAUCUAACAACUAAAAACUGAUGAGUGUUUCAAAAAAAAUGGUAUCAGCUCAUCUAAAAUUAUAAUAAGCACAGAAAAUUCCCGAAAACUUAUAUAAAAGCACAUUAUCAGGCAUCUUCUAUAGAUGACAAAUAAUACUAAGAAUUGUCAAUAUUAUUCUCGUAAAUAAAUUCCUGAUUUGUUGUGUGGUUCUUCUCUACAUCUUGUAAGUAAUUUAACAACGUGAUUAUUUCAGUUUUGUAAUGCCUUUCUCCUCUUCCGCUUGUGUAUGAUCUUCAUCAUCAUCACCACCACCACAAUGCACAUUAAACCCCUAUAUUGACAGUUGAUGUGGCGGUUUGUGCUCCGUUGCCUUCAUGUGGAGUCGACUGACACCUAGCGUCAGUUUGAGACCACGGACAGUGGCCUCUAAUCUACUUUAUAUGAAAGCAGCUUCCCGGAUUGAACAGAAGCGUAGAGUAGAGUCGAGUACCUCAGGUCCUAACAACUCUAGUCCUGGUUCGUGCGCCCUGAUCGGAGCUUCCUGUAGAAACAGUUGCCUCCCUCUGGCCUCUCUGGACGAUAAUGGUGAAUGGGUGAUAAAUUAGGAGCAUCAAAGAGGCUGUUGGCACCGUGUCAUUACUCCGACUCCAGCUAUGCUCGGCCCCCGGCGCUCUGCAUAACUUUCCGGGCAGGGCAGAGCCGGGGAGGCGCUCCCAGUGUGCGCGUUGGUCCGUAUUUAAGCACCGGCUGCUAAAGUGCGACGAACAUUUUCACUGCAGAUUCGCUGACAGCAUGGCGACUGACAAGGAGGCACCUCUGGGCUCCAUCGUGAACCCGAUCAAGUUCCUGGAUCAGGACUUCAAGACUCUCCUAGAAACAUGUCUGAAGUCCGGAAAGCUGUUUGCUGAUCCAACCUUUCCACCUGAGCAGACGUCCAUCGGUACACCGGAAGAUCCGGAUCCCAAAAAGGCGAUCAAGUGGCAACGACCCAAGGAAAUCAGUGAGAACGCUGUGUUUGUGGAGGGCACGACUGGGACCACUGACAUCUGUCAGGGCCAACUGGGUAACUGUUGGCUGCUAGCCGCCCUGUCCUGUCUCACCAUGCACCCCAAACUCUUUGUGAAGGUGGUGCCACCCAACCAGAGCCUGUCCAAGCCUUACGCAGGGAUCUUCCAUUUUAGGUUCUGGCAGUAUGGUGAGUGGGUGGAGGUGGUUGUGGAUGACAAGCUGCCAACACGCGAAGGCCGUCUGCUCUUCAGCUACUCUCACACCCGCCACGAGUAUUGGAGCGCCCUGGUGGAGAAAGCCUAUGCCAAGUUAGUCGGAUGCUACGGAAGCCUAAAGGGGGGCAACAUUUCAGAGGGGAUGGAGGAUUUCACAGGAGGAAUCGCGUACUCGCUGCAGGUCUCAUCUCGCACCCCUCGAGUCCUCUGGAGGUGUCUGUCAGCCGCCCUGUCUCGAGGCAGCCUGCUCAGCUGCUUCAUCCAGGCCAGCAGCUACCGCGAGAUUGGUAAAGUGACGGGAGACGGGUUGAUAAAGGGCCACGCUUACGCCAUCACCGACACCGACAAGGUCACAAAAGCGUUGGAUGAGAUUUUGUUGCUGAAGCUGAGGAACCCCUGGGGUUUUGUUGAAUAUCGCGGACCCUGGAGUGACAAGAGUAAAGAGUGGGAGAGUGUGGCCAAAGCAGAGAAGGAAAGGAUUGAGCUGAAAAAGAUUGAAGAUGGAGAGUUCUGGAUUAGUGCUGAGGACUUCAACAGCCUGUUUGACGUUGUGGAGCUCUGCAGUGUGAAUCCUGAUACUCUUGUGGAGGAAAACUCACCUGCCUCUCCCUCCUCUACCUGGACCAUCAGUGAACAUGAAGGAGUCUGGGUAUCGGGGAGCUCUGCCGGUGGUAGCCGCAGAUACAAUCGAUCGUUUUGGAAGAAUCCUCAGUUCCAGUUGGUUCUCACAGAGCAGGACCGGUUGGAAGAGGAAGAGGAAGAGGAAGAGGAAGAGGAAGAGGAGGAUGAAGAUGACGAGGAUGAUGAAGAGAUAACCCCAGAUGACAAGAAGAGAGCAGAGAAACAGAAGGAGAAGGCCAAACAGUGCACCGUGUUGGUGGAGCUGCUGCAGAAAAACCGCAGGAAGAAGACUAAAGUCCACUUCCUCUACAUCGCUUUCCACAUCUACAAGGUUCCUCCUGAGCUUCUGGGUAUGUGUCUGAGCCGCAAAUUCUUCAUGACAAAUCGCCCUGUGGGUCGCUCUGGGAAAUAUAGGGCUCAGAGGGGUUCGUGGAGGAAGAUGCAUCUGGACCCGGGUAACUACGUCAUCAUGGCUUCCACCUAUCGACCCAACCAGCCAGGAGACUUCUUUGUCCGCAUUUUCUCCAAGACCGGAAACACUCUGGGGACUCAGGACUUCACCUGCUCCUCUGGCUUCCUCCAGGUUAUGGCUACUCCUGUCUCCCCAGAGGAUCGCGUGAGAGUUCAGAAGACUUUUGAUGAGGAGGCUGGCGGAGAUGACAGACUGAACGCCAAGGAGCUCAUGAAGCUCUUCAACGCAGCUCUUGAGAAAGAUUACCAUCUGCCACUGGAGACAUGCAGACAGCUCAUCUUUGGAGAGGAUACUAAAGGGCGCUGCUGUCUCAGCUGUGAACAAACAGGAACCCUGCUGUCCCGUCUGCGCCAUCUGCAGUCCAUCUUUAUCCAGUUUGAUGAGCACUCUUCUGGGACCAUGAGCCCCUUUGAGCUCAGUGCAGCGCUGCAAGCUGUUGGGAUGCAGUGUGAUACGAAGGUAGUCGAGCUGCUGUCUGAGCGCUUUGCAUCUGGAGAGCUUCACAUGCCCUUCCACGGCUUCGUGUCAUGUGUCACCAGGAUGCACAAGCUUUUUGCUCUGUAUGAAUCAGAGACCAGUCAAGAGGUGAAAGACAGAGGGAUCAACUUUUGGCUGCUUCAGUUCCUGGUGGUGUGAAGAUGCUCAAUGAAGAGGGUCUCCACAUCCACAGCUGGGCCGCAGCUUGCUAUUGAUUCUACCAUAACUGUUUUUGUAUUUUAUUUUAAAACAGUUCCUUCACGUGUGCCUUAUUACAAAGCAACAGCGGUGGCCUCGUUCAAUGCUAGGCUAUGUUGCUGUUUUAUUCUUGCUUUGUCAUGUUCCUUCUCAUUCUUACAGCCUUGAUACAGCUCAAGGUUCAAGGUUUGGCUUUAUUAUCAAUAUACAAUACAGGAUUGCACAGUGAAAUGCAUUUGUAGCCCACAUAUACGGAAUAAGUAUACAUUAGAAUAAAGUAUGUAAGAGUUCAGAGAAUCUCGAGCUACCCGGUGCUUGGAAGAAGAAGCUCCAAAGCCAGAGAUAUAUAAUAAUCAUUAUUUAA